AUGAAUAACGUGACAUUCAGAUACGAUGACAUCACAUCCGGGAUGAACGAGGCAGUUGCACUUGAUUCGUCAAACGGCUCCUUGCAAAACACCACCUACGACCCCAUGUUCAUUUUCUAUCGAACUAUUAUCGUCAGAAUCAAUAUCUAUGCAUAUCCGGCCAUAUCUCUGGUCGGCCUGACCGGAAACUGCCUCGCUUUCAUCACAUUUAUGUCCCUUAAGCUGCGCAAGACGUCAUGCAAUCUUUAUCUGGCUAGUCGUACAGUCAUGGAUUCGGGACUUUUGCUUCUCGUUUUCCUCUACUGGCUGGAGAGAUUUGAUAUCUUCCUGGUGAAUUCGGAUACGCUGUGUCGACUCGUAACCCUGCUCUCGUACAUAUUCGCCUUUCUCUCUGUCUGGCUGGUCGUGGCGGUGACGUCAGAGAAUUAUGUCAGAAUCUGUCACCCGUUUCGUGCGACACGUUUCUGCACAGUAGAGAAGGCGAAGAAAGUAAUCAUCGUGCUGGCCCUCAUCAGUUGUGUGCUCUACAAUUUCGCCAUUUGGACGACGCAGUCCAGUUUGCACAACAACGUCGUUAAGUGUCACAACAACAGCGCCUACUCCCACUUGCUCUCUAUCAUGACCUACGUAGACACAUUCGUGACUUUUUUGCUCCCUUCAAUUCUGAUGGUCUUCAUGGUGAUCUCCAUCUUCUACAACUCCUUCCAGCUGUCCAAAAGACGCUCGUCGACGACGCCGGCUACCCAGAACAACCGACGCGGUCGCGGCGACAAGAAACGUUCCGACCUUCAGAGCAAAGUCACCCGGAUGCUGCUUGCUGUGUCCCUCGUGUUUCUCGUCCUUAACCUUCCGCUGCACGUGUUCAGAAUCCAAGCAAUCUUGCCGUCGCUGAUAACGGGGCGAAAUCUGGCAGAUAUGAUCACCCCAUCCGCUUAUUUAAUCAACAAUAUAUUCUUGUUGCUCUAUUACAUCAGCGCCGCCAUUAACUGUUUACUUUAUCUCGUCUGCGGCAUCACGUUUCGAAAUGAGUUCAUCAAACGCUUCUACUACUGCAACCAUGCGCAACAACGGACCAAUGAUACCGACUCGACAGAGCGCAUGCGUACAUUCAACGAGUUGAAAAAAGACAACGAGUACAGCUUGUCGCUAAUGAAACGCUCUGGCGGAAAUGAAAGCGUUUCAAACGAUAUGGAUGUUACUUUCCUCGUUGAGAGGAGAGAGAGUUGUCUUGUCUCAACAGCGCAGAAUUUCCGAUGGCUCUUUCUGAAGCUUAUCGAAAAUUCUUCAUCUAUCUUUUUAAUUUCUCUUCGUGCCUUGAAUUUAGUCAGGUGCCAAAUCCAUCUAUCCCAGUUCAUAUGUCUAUCAACCUAUCUAUCUCAGUCUAUUCAUAUCUGUCAAUCUAUCUAUCACAGUCUGUUCAUAUCUAUGUCAAUCUAUCUAUCUAGCUGUUCAUAUCUGUCAAUCUAUUUAUCACAGUCUGUUCAUAUCUAUCUAUCUAUCUAUUGCAGUCUGUUCAUCUGUCAAUCUAUCUAUCUUCAGUCUGUUCAUAUCUGUUUAUCUAUCUAUCUCAGUCUGUUCAUAUCUGUCAAUCUAUCUUUAUCUCUGUUCAUAUCUCUCUCAAUCUAUCUAUCUCUCUCUCUCUCUCUGUCAAUCAAUCUAUCUCUCUUUCUCUCUCUCUCUCUCUCUUUCUCUCAAUCCAUUCAUAUCUAUCUAUCUCAGUCUAUUCCCAUCUAUCUAUCUAUCUAUACUAAAAUGGCUUCAUCUAUCUUCACUAAUCUCUUCAGUACGUUCAUAUCUAUAUAUCUAUCUUCCUCUAUUCAUAUCUAUCUACCUAUCUAUCUAAGUCCAUAUUUCUCCAUCCUAAUACAUUCACCUAUUUUACUAUCUAUUCAUAACUAUCUAUCUAUCUAUCUCUGUAUAUUCCAACCUAUCUAUCUAUCUAUCUAUCUAUCUAUCUAUCUAUCUAUCUAUCUAUCUAUUCAUUGUCCGGAUCUAUUUAUCAAAAUUAUCUAUCUAUCUAUCUAUCUAUCUAUCUAUCUAUCUAUGCUAAUAAUUUCAUCUAUCCUUACUGAUCUCUUCAUUUGCUAUCUAUCUAUCUAUCUAUCUAUCUAUCUAUCUCAGCUGUUCAUUAUCUAUCUAUCUAUCUAUCUAUCUAUCUAUCUAUCUAUCUAUAUCAGGUUGUUCGUUAUCUAUCUAUAUUUUUUAAUGUUACCAUAA